GCAUUGGGUAACUGCAGCAGCAGCAGCAGAGUAUAGCAGCAGCUCGGUGUUUCGUCGCGCAGAGGACGACUCGGAGGAUAUUUGUGGACUCCAUGAAACAAAAGCAGCUGGAGGAUAAUCAAAGAGUCUGCUUCCUGCUGGGCGUGAAGAUACACAUUUCUCCAGUCAGAUUGUUUGUCUCGAACAAAUUGAGUGCGAUCGAAGCUGUGCUUGGAUCCGGGUCUGUGUGUUAAACAUGGGAGACCAGCAAUCAGUCCGGCCCCCCCUGCCUCCUUUACUGCUGCUCCUGACGCUCCUCGCCAGGCUGUCUCAGCUCUGGGCCUUCCCCUUCAGCCCGUCCCUGGACCUGGAUGUCACUCCAAGGACAACCGUCUUCUCCAAAGGUCUGUUAGGCAGUGCUAGGUUCAACGGCUCUUCCCAGAACUACAGCACGCUCCUGCUGGAGGAGGAGACCGGGCUGCUGUACGUGGGAGGCAGAGGAGCUCUGCACGCGCUCAACACCUCCAACAUCUCCACCCCUUCAAACCUCACGAUUGAUUGGAAUGCUUCCCCUGAACAGAAGAAACAGUGUCUAAACAAAGGCAGAGACAAUCAGACAGAGUGCUACAAUCACAUCCGCUUCCUGCAGAGAUUCAAUGAGACUCACCUGUAUGUCUGUGGAACAAAUGCCUUCAGACCUCUUUGCGCUUACAUGGAUGCAGAGCGGUUCAACUUCACCUCUGGCUUUGAGGAGGGCAGAGAAAGGUGUCCAUAUGACCCAGCAAAGGGGUACACGGGCCUUAUUGUAGACGGUGAGAUGUUCACAGCCUCUCAGUAUGAGUUUCGAAGCUCUCCAGAUGUGCGCAGAAACUCCCCCUUCCCUACGCUCAGGACUGAGGAGGCCCCAACUCGAUGGCUUCUGGAGGCAGAUUUUGUGGGAUCUGUGCUGCUGAAGGAGAGCAUUAACAGCUCUAUCGGUGACGACGACAAGAUUUACUUUUUCUUCACGGAGAGAAGCCAGGAGCAGAUUGCCUACCCGAGCCAGACCAUGGUGUCCAGGGUCGCCCGAGUCUGCAAGAAUGACUGGGGAGGCCAGAGGACCCUGCAGAGGAAGUGGACCUCUUUCCUUAAGGCCAGAAUGGUGUGUUCAGUCCCAGAAUAUGAGCUGCACCUCAACAUCCUGCGCAGUGUGUUUGUCCUGCAGGGUCGGGACGCUCAAAGCAGCAUUUUCUAUGGUGUCUUCGGCCUGGAAUGGAAGAAUAUCAAAGCCUCUGCUAUCUGCCAGUACGCCUUCUCAGAUGUGCAGAAGGCUUUCGAUGGGCCGUACAUGGAGGUGCAGGACUCAAAGUGGAGGGAGUUCACGGGGAAAGUUCCAGAGCCAAGACCCGGAUCUUGUAUAACAGACGCUCACAGGUCGCAGGGCAUUAACUCGUCUCGGGACCUGCCAGAUAAUGUCCUCACUUUCGCCAGAAGGCACCCACUCAUGGCCAGCCAGGUGCAUCCAAUAGGGGUUCGCCCACUCAUGUUCAAGAGGAGUGUCAACUAUGUCAAGAUAGUCGUGCACAAGGAGCCAGCGCUGGAUGGGAACACUUAUACCGUUCUGUUUUUGGGAACCGAUGACGGCUGGCUCCACAGAGCUGUAGACAUUGGUGGAGAGAUGCACAUCAUAGAGGAGCUUCAGCUGUUUGAUAAACCACAGCCCAUAGAGAGCAUGGUCAUAUCCUCUGCUCUGAGGAGUAUUUACGUUGGCUCGUACUCCGGAGUGGUGCAGGUACCAAUGUCCGCCUGUGAGAGAUACACUUCCUGUUACGACUGUGUGUUCGCCAGAGAUCCCUUCUGUGGCUGGGACAGGAAGGUGUGUGUGGAAAUAUCCUCACAUGCACAGAGGUCGAACCUAACCCAGGAUAUUUCAAAGGGGAUCAGGGGUUGCAAGGAGAAUUCAGGAAAUGUAGUCCAUCGGAGGCGUUCUGUGAUGUCUGGUGACGACGUGCUCCUCCAGUGUGAAUUGCGCUCCAACCUGGCAACUCCACGCUGGACGCUGAACGGCAAAGAGCUCCAGGGAUACGGCCUGAAUUCGGGCUACCGCAUCGGCACAGAUGGCCUCCUCAUAAUCGGAGCUCGUUCCCAGCAGAGUGGGUCUUAUCGCUGCUUUGCUGUGGAGAACUCCGUCUCAGUCCUGGUGUAUCUCUAUACAGUCAGGGUACACACGGACUCCUACUUCCCCGUGGAGCCUGAAUCCAUGACUUCCCCCACCACAGUUUCCAGCCCGACUGUUUUCUCCACCAGCAGCCCCACAGAGCAGCCCCUGCCCUCCCCCCCCGCCCCACUGCCUCCGGGGGCCGAGUUCCAGACCUACAGACACAUGGAGGCCAUGUACAUCUCCCUGGUGGCGGUCCUCGGGGGGCUCUGCUUGGUGUUGACUGUGGUGCUUCUUUAUGUGAGCUUCUGCACCAGAAGGGCCCGGCGGGACCGAAAGUUCUCCCAGCAGGAGCUGCACGUCCUGGGGGCCUCUGAGAGGAAGAGGAGCUCGCAUCUGGAGCUUAAAACCAUCACGGGCCACUGUAACGGCCGCCAGGGUCGUCGCUCAAUCUCGAUGACAACAUUUGGGGACAUUGGUGAUGGAUUCCUGCAGAUUGUUCCAGGGGAGGGCCAGUUCUCCCCCUGCAAAACGCCUCCCCCUGCCCCUCCUCUGCCCAUGCCACCUCCAUUACCCAACAUUGAUUACGCCAACGGGAUGUCGGCCACUCUGCCCAGCGUGCUGCGGAAGAUGAACGGGAACAGCUACGUUCUUCUGAGGCAGGCCGACACCGAGGGCAUGUCGCCGCUCUACCACUCCUUCACAGAGGAGCUCAACAAGAUCCUGGAGCAGAGGAAACACACACAGCUGGACCUGCAGCCGGACGAGAGCUCCAUCUAGGACGCCCCCUCUCAGGCUCAGUCCCAAAGUUAUUUAUUUUAUACCCCAACGGUGACCCGUAGUGGUGGGGAGAACUGACUGUCGUAUCAAACGCUGCUGUUAUUUACCCAGUGUCAGAGUACCUCGCCUGAUCUGAAAUGCGCAGGCGCCCCUUGUCUCCCAUGGCAAAUGACCCAGGAUUUCACUUCAACAACGGACUACACUAACCAGACGUUAAUAUUCAAAAAGUGGAGCUGUGAAGAUUUUGGUCAAAGACUGCGCUGUUACAGAAGUACGAGGAAGAAGGGAGCUUAAUGCUUCCUCUGCUGAGACUUUCUGGAGGCUUGUGAAAGAUCGGGGUCAUACAUGUGUGAUGUAGAAGACACAAACUAGGACACGAAAAUAAGUCAGGCCAAGAGGGGACCGCAGAUAUAUGAGACUGUGGAAGUGUUCAGGGUUUUUAGUGCCAUGUAAUGUAAGCCUUCUAUGGAACUUAAAGUGAUACUCCACCAAAAAUCUACCUUUUGUGCAUUGUUAAAUCAUUCUACCUUUCACCUGAUGUGCUUUCCACCUCAGAGCCUUUCGUGAGUUAUGGACAGUUGUUAGAAGGUCACAGUGCUUUAAUGAGCAAAGAGUGCAUCCUAUUGGGAUUCAUUAGCUGCCAUUGGCCACCUCCAGGUGUGUCUCAGCAGUGGAUAAUAAGGACACAUCACCCCCAAACCCCUGUGUGUGAUGUUUGAGCAAGUGAACUAAUAUACUACAUUGAAGGACCAUUCAAAAUGUUCAAAUGAAAUCAUCCAAACUGUAUAAAGUUGGCACCAGAAUGAUUUAAGAAGUUUCAUGAUUUUUAAAAGGGAAAACAUUUCCAAAUAGGAAUCAAUUUUAAGCAAUUAUCGAAACAUCUGCUGAUUAUUUUCCCCAAAAAAUGUCAUAAAAGAGUUUCAAAUGCUCGUCACAUCUUACCAGAGUCAAGUGUGCCUUCUUGGGAUUGUUGACAAACAUUUGUUAACCCCAAAAUAUCUCAUAUGAAGAUAUUAAAGAGAGAAAAUUAGCAAAUGCUCCACUUUGAGAAGCUCAUUCUUUGCAUACUACAUAUUACAAUCACCCUUCAAGCCCACAGGGGAAGCCUGUUUGAUACUCAAAAGAUAGAUGUUGUGUGGAGUAUCACUUUAAGAAGCUGUUACAGUUCACAAGGGCUCAGGUGGUGAGACAAAUCUUACAUUUGAAGUUAUUUAAAACUAUUCUUUCUUAAUUUUCUUCUGCUCUCAAGUAGAUUGCUGCAGCAGUUAGUAGCUCUUUGGUGUGUUAAUAGGAAAACCUGUAGCAAAGCUUCUGUUAGCAUCAAUGUUAGAACAAGAGACACAGCUUAAGUGGUCUAUUAAAGGAGAAGUCUGUUUGUGGUCAGAUUGAUUGAGUUCACUUAAGACCACAGGCUGGCUCCGGGGCCCAUUGGGGAAACCACACUGAACACAAAUGGCUGUAAAGGAAAUAUGCAGCUUUCUAUUUAUACAGCUCCAACAUUAUCUCUUUGUCAUGGUCAGACUGUUGCCUUGUUUUUGGAUGAUCCUUCAUUACACCUCGAAGAUGCGGCUUUCUCUUGAGACGUCAUCCCAUUAUUUUCAGACACAGACAAAAGCUCUUGGUGAUGCUACAAAGAGUCAAAUUGGUUUCCAUCGACUUCUUAAAUGGUCCCCUAUCUGUGAAGAGCCUGCAAGGGGCCAUUUGUCAAUCCAGAGAAGACCUUCACACAAAGACAUCCUCUAUGUUUACCUGACAUCAGAGCAAGGCCAAAACAGCAAGAACCGCAGACCGUACAGUAUUUUCUUGGCAAGGUGAACUAUGAUUAAAUAGUAGGUAUAACUUAGACAGACUGAAAUGAAUCUCUAAGUAGUUUGUGAACGUGUCACGGUGAGGGGUAAAUAAAGAUCUGUCUUACCCAGCAAAGUGUUGAAUCAGCUCUCGUAGCGGUGGCUCAGCAGCAGCCCUCGAAGGGGACUCUCAGCGAGCGUCUGUCAGAGCGGGCUGACAGGAACAGCGAGACUUGGCUCCCCUCCACCAGGAGAGGACACAGGCUUUUUGUCUGUUUGCAGUGCUGUCCUCUCACAAGUCAGAAGCAGACAGGAAACAUUUGACCUGAGUGUCCUGGUUAGCCAUGCAGGAAACAGACGAUGAUACAAGGAGGCAGCAGCUAUUUUGCUCUCGCAGGUUUUUACAGUAGUUGUCCUCUUGUCUGCCUUGUAAGCCACUUUAUUUUGAGAAUAUGGUUCAGGGAGUGCCCUAUACGCAGACUGAUAAAUGUCUUCGCCCGGAUUGAAGGAAAUCUGUUUGAUAUCAUUAAACAAAGUGCUUGCUUUGUUUUGUUUGAGACAUGAAUAUUGUUGGGGAUAGAUUGGUCAAAGAAAGGUGUAUUAUUCAUGGCCUGGUCCACUAUAUGAAAGCAGGAUUUCUGGCCAUUCACCUUUAAACAUGGAGACACAUAUUCUUGUUCGUUGGUAGCAAAUUGAACCUUUAAACCCCUUCUACUGAUUAUUUUGUAUCUGGCUAUCUCUGUGACCUUAUGCGAAGUCUCUGUCUCAGUAGUUAUAUGCUGUGUAUAGGCUUGUCUCUUUAGGAAAUUACAACUAUAUAAAAUGUUAGCGUUUUGCUUUUUCCAUACAAGAAAUAUAGAAUCCAGACAAAUAGGCAGAUAGUAAACCUUUGGACCAUACGCAGCACCACUAAACUGCCAGAUCAAAUCAUUUCAUUGGAUGCCAACAAAAACUUCAGAUUGGGUGAAGUGGUCUUACUUCAAACUUGGCUACAAUGUCUAUACUCCUCACCAUAUGCCUAUGUGCGAAGACAAAACCAUGAUCUACUGUCACACAUUUCAGAUCACACUAAACAAAUAGCAUAUGUAUUGGACUACUUCUCAUAUAUGUGGCUAUAAAUACAACUUAAGAAAGAGGUUCAAGGUUCUUUAUUGUCAAGCUAACAUAGCUACAGAGUAAUUAUGUCGUUGAAAAUCUUAGGUCACAGGCUUCUCCAACAAUGUAAAAAAAGAGUGAACUAUUGUCAGUUAACUAUAAAUCCAAACGUUCUCAGACCUCAGCCAUGAAGCUCUCCUUGGAUGUGUUUCUCCGUAUGAUACAACCUCACCUGUGUGUCCUAAUCAGCCAUGCAGAAAAUAGAUGACCAUACUCAUUUGCACUUUGCAUGUUUUUUAUCAGCCUUUUUACCCAUUUCACUUGAUUUUCAUCCUCAUUCCUCCCCCCUCUCCCUCUCUGUUGUUCCUUCCCGUCUCAUCAGUUCUCAUGACAGUAUUAUCUAUUGCUCUAUCUGCUCACAUUCACACUCUCUCAAGGACCCUGCUGAAUUUACAAAUGCCAUUGUGGCCCCCAAUCCAUUAGAACUCGUUUUUAAAUAGCCCUAGAGUUUGUGUUUGUGAAACAAGUUGGUUUUCUGCACUAGUUCAACAUGCUACUCUCCAUUUUUUCAGAGAGGUUGACUAGGAUUGUGCAUAUUUUCUGAUCCAUGCUAAUUUUAUUUAUUUUAUUUAAAUCAAAGAUGUGAAGAAAUGUUUUUGUUGGGUUACAUUUAAUUGCAAAUUCAAGAUAUGUAAAAAUGAUUGCAGUUUUCUCCUGAGUUCAACAUGUUACUAUACGGUACCUGCACAUGUAUUAUAUAAAGGCUUCCAUUAUCAAGGUCCCUUAUGUUGAAAGCUUUGUCUGAAUCUGCGACCUUUGCUGCUGCUUCAUUCUCAUUUAAGGACAAUCUGUUAACAAAAUAAACUGUCUCUGCCCUGUUUUCUAUGGACUUUAAAAACAUAUUGCAUUACAUUCACCUUGUCUAUGUACACAAAUCCAGAUUGAAGCAAACAUCCCGCUGCGUCAAUAUGCAAGAUACAGUAUAUUUUAUGUAGAUUAUUUUUUAGGUGUCGGCCAAAGACAGUAGUUCCUUUUGCACUGUUAGUACUUUUUUAAACGUCAUAUACUCUUGUAAACUGUGACAAUUUGAUGGAAGAGGAUGAAACACUUUUUUUUAGAUUAAAGUCAGAUUUCUGUAUUUUUCUCAGAAUUGUGACUUUAAUCUCACAACAAAAUUAAAAGAAACUUUUGUCAGAUCUUGAAAAAAAGUGGCCCUAAUCCUCUCCCAUACACUUUCCAUCAAGUUUUUUCUGUAUGAUUUCUUUUGUUGAUAAUGACCUUAUCUAUGUGCUUUUCUCAGAAUAGAACUGGCUUCCUGUACGAUUUAACCACCUACGUUGUUGCAGACCUUUUAUGUUGUGUCUCAUGUCUUAUUUAUUGAAGUUCAUUACAUUUCAAUUUGCCUCUGUGCAGAUUAAAUAACACUUAUCCUCAUCUUGGGGGGAAACAAAAAAGUCAGCGUCAAGAGCCUUGAGGGGAAGGCAGGAAAUGACUUGCAAAACAUGCUCAAACUGAGUCCAACUCUCCAGACGCCACAACACUCGGUUGUUUUUAGCUUGUGGCAAGCGACAAGGCCACUGGGAACUCCACUGGGAAUGGAGCCCACAGCCAUUUACAUAUAUGACUCUGACAGAGCAGAGGUAUAACAUAAGCUCAGAGGGGGGAUAAAAUGACCAUAUUUCAGAGCAAGGCAGUAACUUAGCAACAGCAUCUUAAUUUAGAGUUUUCAAUGUCCUAGCGUGGGUCUAGCUUUGCCAGUUUUCAUUGGGUAGCGCGGGUGUGAUGGGAGUGUACUGGCCCUGAUAUCUGUAAUUUGUGGCAUAUAUAAAUAAAAAUGCAGGAAAUUUGCAUUUUCACACAAUCAUGAUUUCAUUCAAAGAUCAUUAAAAUGUCACCAGCUGUAUUUGCAGUACAACUAUCACAUCAGGAACUGCAGUCUUUAUGGCUGAGGGUAAUUCAGUUGGACAUGGCAUCCACAUUCUUAUAAACAAUGAUCCUCAAGUAUAGUUAUUUGGAAGAAAAUGAGUGAAAUCAGCAGAAGUAUGCCACUGCAGAGCUCUGCUCCACUGUCUCUCACUGAUCACCAUCCUCUGCAGUCACCUCACGCUCCUAUUCUACAUGCAUUCUCUCAGAUAUACCCAAACCAUUUCCUAGUGGCCAGAACUAUGUAUGCCAGCAGAAUAGUAUCAAUCAAUCAACAGCAACGAGCAAUCUGUCCUGGAGGCACCUUUCACGCCUAUUUGUAUUCAUGGGAGGACUGUUUGGGCGUAUUUUUGUUGAGAACUACAUUGAGGUUAUUUGUUAGGGAAUAAAAGGGAAAGCCGGCAUGUUUCAGUCUAAGAUGAUGAAAAGAAAGAACAAAUCACCCGCUGCAGGAGUUUUCAGGACAGCUCUGCGCUGCUGAAGGUAGCCCUAUUUGACUUUUUUGGUGUUGCCUUUCCUGUAUUGUGUUAUAUAGGUUUUUGUGCAUAAUUAAUGUUCUGCAAAGGCUAAGUUUCUCUCCCACACUCCUCCUCUGCCUCCAUAUAGUCCUUCAUUUACUUCCGCAACAUAGUACACACUGUACAUGAUAGGCCAAGGGGCGGGACAUCUCUAAGCAGUAGACCAAUCGCAACAGACAGCCAGCUAACCAAUCAGAGCAGACUGGGCUCUUGUUUUCGACAGAGGGUGAAAAGAGGUGCUGCAGCACAGGCAGUAUGAGACAAAUAAAGUUCUUUCUGAAUAUUAAAGCUAUGUCACAGUAGAGGCAUAACAUACAAUUAUGAAACCUGAAAACUAGCAUACAUGGGCCCCUCCCCUUUAAAACAUUUCCCUCAAGCUAUCACACAGCUUUCUGUCAUCUUAAUUUAGGGAUUUGUUGUGCAUUAAGGAAACCAUCAAACCUUCUCAGUAUCUAAAACAUGUACAUUCCCUGGUGUCAUGGAAAUAAAGAAAGGUGUUCCUCUGC